AUGGAAAGUGAGGAACUGGAUUCAGAUCUCUUUACGAAUUGGGUGCGAGGCUCAAAAGGACUAGAAUACUUACAGGAAGGUCUUCAGGAAUUUGUUGGAGAAAAAAUACUGCAAUGUCGUGAUAAUACCCUACAAAAUAUAAAAAGGACAUUACCAUCUACAUCACCACAACAGUGCAACCAGUGUACACCACGCAAUCUGUAUCCCGAGCAUAACAACACCACAAAUGCGUGUAGCAGAAACACAUGUCGCCAAAGGAACCCGGCCAACUGUUUUGGAAGCAAACCACGCGGACGUAGGAAAUGUCCUUAUGGCAUUUGUAGUAAAUUGUAUGACGCAAUUAUAGAUGAGCAUGUAUUUGAAGACCCCUUAUGGAAGAACACAGACCCAAGUACGUGGUGUUCGGAUCCUCAAGGAUGGAGCUAUGCAAAAUGUUUCCAAACAACUAAAGGUCCAGGGACAUCAGCCAAAGAUACAGAUGCAGCUGGUCUGCUCAGCAUAAUUAUAAACAACAGGUCAAUACAAAACUUUGUGACCAGUAUUAAUCCUACCAGUUCGUUUCAUUUGGCGAGAGAUUUCCGAAAUGAAAUCAUGCAUAGUUCAAGGCUUGAAAUCGACGAAACUACUCUAUGUACUUAUUUGGACGCGUUCAUUAACGUUCUUCAAGAUCCAAAGUAUCUGAUUAACGAUGAGGCAUCAAAGAAUGCUGUUCAUAAACUCACACAGUUAAAAAACAACACAAUACACAUAAGCCAAGGAGACAAAGUAACACUUCUUCAGAUGAGACAUAAGGCGUUGACCGAACUUGACGACAAAACAGCAGAGUCAUUGCGUAAUCUCGAUGAGAAAGCAUUUGCUGUACAACAAGAUGUAAAUGCAGUUAAGGAUGCCGCUUUAGCUGAUGUUAAAAGCGCUGGGGCAUCGGUAAAAGAAUCAUUUAUUGUAGAAAAAAAGGUUGCCAUAUUUGACAUUACCACAGCCAAGAAACAGGGAGUACAGGACAUUGCUGGGAAGAUUACUGAUGGUAUAUCUGAAAUUACCACAGCCGGGGAACAGGCAAAACAUGACAUUGCUGGGAAGACAUCGGAGGGUUUAUCUGAAAUAAACACAGCCGGGGAACAGGCAAAACAAGACAUUGCUGGGAAGACAUCGGAGGGUUUAUCUGAAAUAAACACAGCCGGGGAACAGGCAAAGCAAGACAUUGCUAAGAAGACAUCGGAUGGUUUAUCUGAAAUAAACACAGCCGGGGAACAGGCAAAACAAGACUUUGCUUGGAAGACAUCGGAGGGUUUAUCUGAAAUAAACACAGCCGGGGAACAGGCAAUACAAGAUAUUUAUGAGGCAAAAAACGAUAUUGAUGAGCAGAAAAGAGAAGCUAUUUCUGAUAUUCAUAAUGUAAAAGAAGACGUUUUAUCUGAAAUUAACAAGACUGGUUCUGAAGCAAAAGCAAAUGUUCUAACGGGGGCUAGUCCUGUUUUGCCUGAUAUGAGCGUACAAGUUGUUUCAAAAGAAUCCAUUUUCCAAAAAGGUAUUCGGAAGCUAGGAAAGGUGUUCAGACCUUCAAGUUCUAAGUCACAUUUUAAGAAGUUGCCAAGCCGAACAACCAAAGUUUCAGAACUGAAGGAUGAUCUUAUUAAGUGGUACAACAAAAAUCAGAGUACAGUUUCUCUUUCACCACUCACAGAUGAGUUCCCUACCCCUUUAGCUGGGUUCUACAUUAUGCCAGAAAUUGACAUACUGACUUAUCUGCCAGGUGGAAGGAAAGAAACAACUAGAGUCAAGUCGUUAGAGGACCUGUUUACAUUGGGUAGAAAAGUUCCACAGGAAAUAUACUUAUCAGCAGCCGCUGGAUUAGGGAAAACAGCAUUUUCAAAAUAUCUCGCCUUGACAUGGUGUCAAGCUCAUCAAAAGGAUGAAAAUUAUAAGCAUUUUAAAGAAGAAGAGUUAAAGUCAUUAUCUGGCUUUGAGUUUUUAUUUCUAGUACUAUUGAGAGAUUCAACUAAAGUAUGUGAUGUUGACGACAUGAUUGAACAACAAGUAAUACAAUACCUUCCUUGCUCAUCGUCAAUGCCAAAAGGUAUAUUAGAGAAAAUUCUACGAGAUGAAAAAUGUCUUGUUAUAUUAGAUGGACUUGAUGAAUGGACUCAUCCUGACAAUAACAAGUGUACAAAACUUCCUAAAAGUAUUCCGCAUCGAUGUGCACGUGACAAAUGUGUAAUCUUAACAACAUCUCGGCCAUGGAAGCUUGGAAUGACAAAAUUUAAUCACAUAGUCGAAACAGUAGAGCUAGUUAAACUAAAUAAAGACAAUGCCUGGCAGUUUAAGUGUAAUGCUAUGAAAAUGUUGAAUGUGAAACUUCAAGAUGGUGAACUGAAUAAUGAAGUGUAUACAUUUGAAGAAGCAAUCAGCAACCAUGGCCUUGAAGACAUGGAAUCCACCCCUCUCCUGUUACUCUAUCUUAUAUGUUUAUGGACUGAGAAAAAAAUUCCAAUAGGAAAUGGCGCAGUAGAAUUAUAUACACGCAUUAUUCAACUCCUUAUAUCCAGAACAAAAACGUUAAAUGGAAAGUUUCAUUCAUCAUGUGAAAAGUCUCAGAGUUACAUUCCUGAUUGUUUCAGAAAACAUCAUCAUUUCUGUAGUUACUGCAAGUUUCUGUUGACCAUUGGGAAACUAGCUUUUUAUACAUUGUUCAGUAAGAAAAAAGAGAGCAAUUUAGUUUUUGAUAAACAUGAUGCUGAAAAAUAUCUUAACCAAGAAGAUUUGAAAUCAAGCUGUCUAUCAGGAAUAUUAUCAGAAAGUAAAGUGAAAGCAUUGAUAAAUGAAAGUUUUAAAAUCUCUUUUUCACAUAAAACAGUGCAGGAAUACUUUUCAGCAAUAUGUAUAAGCUUUGAAAAAAUAAAUGAAGUUCAGAAAAUCAUAUUUGAAGAGUGCAAAAUUUUACAAAAUAUUCUAGAAAUGUCAAAAGUGUUUGUCUUUAUUAGUGGCAUGAACCCUAAAUUAAUGUCUGCAAUAUCAAGUGAUUUAAUGCCUGUGAUAAACAAUGAUAAAAUAACAAGCAAAUACAGAACUAUGACAGAUUAUGAGUACAUGUACAUUAAGCCAUUAAAAGACAUACAAGACAUGUACAUUUCUUGUAGCAAAGAAGGAAAGGAAAACAAAGACCAUAAAUUGUGUUUACAAGAUUUCAUCAUUAAUGAAAAAUGUCAACAAGAAAACUACUUCAAACAAUUACAAUAUUUGUGUCAACAAAAUAAAGAAGACAUCAAAUCAAUAAUGAUACAAAAUAUGGGUAUUUGUGGUCUACAAGAAGUUAUUAAUUUGUUUACACUUUCUGACCAUCCACAUAUAGAGAAAUUAUUCUAUCAAGGUGAAAUUGUAGAAGAGGAAAUAAUUAGCUUGUUAUUGAACCCUUUAAAAUGUUUAACUGUGGUAUCAUGUAAAUGGGAAAAUCAUCAAUUUUUAGAAGAAUAUUGCCAGCUGUCUGCAGAUCGGAUAAAUGGAGGACUAGUAAAAUUACAACACCUGGAGUGUUUAUGUAUAAGCUAUUUCACUAUGACCCACGAGGUAAUGGAGACAUUGUUAAAUUUCCUCACUAGUAAAAAAUCAAUGAAAGAAAUAAUAGUGUACGGUUUAAACUGUAGUGAUCAUGAUACUUCAUGUAGGGGAUUCAACCUUGACCUGUCUCAACAUUCACAACUAAGACGUUUAGGAUUGAACUGUAUACCUGUGUCACAAUUAAACAUGGAUGUAUCGUUGUUAGAGGAAGGUGGUGUAGGUAAAUUAUAUAAACCUGGUGUUGUGUCAUCUUAUCUCAGUCAACUACCAGCAGCCAGUAAACUACAAACAUUUAGGUGUAGUGAUCUAAAAUCUUCCAGUGACAUAGAAACAAUGUUACAAACAUUACCAUUGUUAUAUCAUGUGAAAUAUGUACAGUUGUUUAGUAUGAAUCUAGGUGAAAGAUCAUUAACACUGACACCUCAAAUGAUCAAUAUUGAACGCGUUGACUUGGAGGAUAUAACAAUAGUUCUUCAUCAUAUUAAACAAUUUCAUUGCAAACUGAUUCUAAUAACAUUCUGGCCACUACGCCCAAGGUUUCCAGAUUUAUUGAAUCUGUCGGAAGCUCAUCCGUUAUGUCUUCCAUUGGUUACAAACGUGUUACAACAACCAAAAUCUCAGAUAUGUCAUUCAAAUCCAGGUGUUCUGAAAUUGACUGCAUGGUUGCUAUCGACAGACAGUUUAGAGAAAAAGGUUUUUUCCAAACUUCUUACAACCAGCUUGAGAACUGGUACUCAGAAAGAUUACUCCACUAUCACGACAUUCAGGGGAGCCAGCCACCUUCAAGCGUUAACAUUAAGAGGAUCUAUUUCUGUGAAGGCAGAUGGGGAAACUUUUAGCACUAAACAGGAUAGACCUGGUCAUUCAUCAGCAAAAAUUUUUGUACCAGCUUUUAAGACCAUCCAAGAAGAGCAUUUGCUAUCUAUCUUAAGAGAACUAAAUCCUUCAGACGUAAAGAUUAAACAAGUUUAUUUCUGA